AUGACCUCAGCGCGGCUGCCCAAUAUCUCCUGCACCCCGGGGACCUUCAACCCGCCUCGCGUCUCGAACGCUUCAUCACCGCCCUCCAACGGAUUGCCAUCAUGGGUAAAAAACAGCGUGGUCCAUGUCGGCGCUCUUCAAGGGCCCAAAUAUCCUCCUGUAGCCCGUCGUGUGCCCUUCCAAAAUAACGCUGUACAUGUCCCUGUCCCCUUUGCCGACAUCCUCCCCAUCCUGGAGUGCAAAGGCUGCCAGGUCGACGUUGAUGUCUCCUUGGCCGUCCUAGAACGGACACGAAACGACUUGUAUGCCGUCGACGUCGCAGAGCCGCCUUUUGACUUUGUGUCUACGCCUGAAGUCGAAGAUGGCGGAGACGCCGAGCUGACUGCGGAGCGAGGAUUCCGGGAUAAAGACAAGGGUGCCAGAGCGGCCGACGAGCCCUGGCGGGGGAUAGGCGCCUACGUCACGGACGUUCAAGGAGCCCAGAAGAAUGACGAACGGCUGUUUGGAGAGGACCGUCUCGAGGGCGUAUAG